GGAAACAAUAACUGAUCAGUGUUUAUAACGGCGUCAACCGGUUAAAACAUAAACUGUGAAGCAGUAAGUGCUGCGUGAAGUGCCAGUGUCUAAAGUUCGUAAGAUAAACACGCCAAGAACAUUUGCCGGUAAGGUCACAACUACUAGUUAAAAAGCCGGUAUUUUUAUGGGUGUAUGUUUUGUGUAGGCAAAUAUCAGCGAGACGUUCAGUUGUAGAGAGCCAAGACUGGUCAGUGUUAUUAACAGCGUCUACCCGUUAAAACGCAAUAUUGUGAAGCUGCAAGUAACAUCAGUUUGAAAAAAGAAUUGAAAGGUAAUUAUCAAACUAUGAAGUAGAAUAUAGGCAAUGAAAUUGUAUCAUUCUGGUACUGAAUAAUGGUCUUCACUCUUGAACUGCAGUAGUAAUGGAGUACACCAAUAUCAUAACAAUGGGAUUCACGGGUCGUGUUUUCUUCGUCGUGCUAUUGCUAAUGGUGGCUGUAGGUUAUAAGCAAUAUCAAAACCUAACGGUACUAGCACCCCCACCGACAGUGAAGGAAUUGGAUCAAUACUGGGGUCCUGGUGAUGGUAAACUAUACAAAGAAGACCCUAGCAUCAAACCGUUCAAGAUCGCGUACACCACCGGAGUAAUCGAAAAACUUCGUACUAAAUUGAAUGAUACACCAAACUUAGUCCCACCGCUGGAAGGAGUUGCUUUCGAGUAUGGUUUUAAUAGCAAUCACCUGAAAGAGAUUGUUACGUACUGGAAGACAGAAUAUCUGGACAAAUGGAACACACGGGAGAAGUAUUUAAACCAGUUUCCCCAUUUCAAAACGCAAAUUCAAGGUCUAGAUAUACACUUCAUUCACGUGAAACCGAAGGUACCGGCGGGCACCAAAGUUUUGCCACUGCUGCUGUUACACGGAUGGCCUGGAUCCGUACGUGAAUUCUAUGAAAUCAUACCAAAAUUGACUAGUAAAACAGACGACAAGGACUUUGUGUUUGAAGUUGUUGUUCCUAGUCUACCUGGCUAUGGGUGGUCCCAAGCUGCGGCCAAGCAAGGGAUGAGCACAUCGAGAAUGGCACUAAUAAUGAAGAGGCUUAUGGAUCGUGUAGGUCAUCAGAAGUUCUAUGUUCAGGGUGGUGAUUGGGGAUCGUUAAUUGGAAGCCAAAUAGCUGCUUUCUUCCCGGAUAACGUGAUUGGUGUACACUUAAAUAUGUGUGCUGUGCACACUCCUUUAGCAAUUUUAAAAACCAUCAUCGCCAGUUUCAGGCCAUCUUUAUUCGUUGAAGAAAAAUAUGUCGAUUUAUAUUUUCCCGCUUUGCCAAAACUGAAGGAACUUGUUAUCGAAAGUGGUUACAUGCACUUGCAGGCCACCAAACCGGACACCGUUGGAACCGCUCUCGUCGGCAAUCCGGUGGGUCUGGCAGCGUACAUACUGGAAAAAUUCUCGACCUGGACCAAUCCAGCUUACAGAGAGCUUGCCGAUGGUGGCCUCCUAAAGUACUUCACUCUAGACAGUCUACUGGAUAAUAUUAUGAUCUAUUAUCUCACUGAUACGAUCACCACAUCGCAACGCCUCUACUACGAAACCUUUACCAUACGCGAGAUGGCGGCCGGUUACGAUCGCGUACCAAGGAAGGUACCCUCCGCUUGUGCAAAAUUCAAGUACGAAUUAGCGCAAACCGUCGAUUGGGCGUUGCGAGAUAGUUUUGUAAAUUUGGUGCAAAGUAAUCAUUUCGACGAUGGUGGCCACUUUGCGGCAAUGCAACUGCCGGCAGUGCUGUACAAAGAUGUAGUGGAGUUUGUGAAGAAAACGGUGUGAAAGCGCAAUUUUGUAUUCUGUUUUUUAAAAUAAAAUGUAAAUUGUUUAAAACUGA